UGGGCUGACUGCUAUUGCUACUUAUAUGUUGACAAAAGAACUAUGGAAUGACAGAGCUGGACUUCUGGCAGCAUGUUUCAUAGCAAUAGUUCCAGGAUACAUCUCUCGUUCAGUUGCUGGUUCUUAUGACAAUGAAGGCAUUGCUAUCUUUGCACUGCAGUUUACGUACUACUUAUGGGUCAAGUCUGUUAAAACUGGUUCAGUGUUUUGGGCCAUGUGCACCAGCUUGUCUUACUUUUACAUGGUCUCAGCCUGGGGUGGUUAUGUGUUUAUCAUUAAUCUGAUUCCUCUACAUGUCUUCUUUUUGCUGCUGAUGGGAAGAUUUACACAAAGGAUUUAUGUUGCUUACUCUACAUUUUACAUCAUUGGUCUUAUACUCUCCAUGCAAGUUCCAUUUGUUGGUUUUCAGCCAAUCAGAACAAGUGAGCACAUGGCUGCAGCUGGAACCUUUGCCCUCAUUCAAGCAUAUGGCUUUUUAAUGUACAUCAGGAAUAAAUAUUCCUGGUCUGACAUUAAGAAUCUUAUCAUCUUUCUUGCCGUUGGCUCUGCUGGAAUUGUAUUCUUAGCUGUUGUGGGAUUGACUUAUAUGGGUGUCAUUGCUCCUUGGAGUGGUCGUUUCUAUUCUCUGUAUGACACAGGCUAUGCUAAGAUUCACAUUCCAAUCAUUGCCUCUGUGUCUGAGCAUCAGCCAACUACCUGGGUAUCAUUCUUCUUUGACCUUCACAUCCUGAUAUGUACCUUUCCUGCUGGUUUGUGGUUUGUCAUCAAGAAGAUAAAUGAUGAAAGAGUAUUCGUUGUGCUGUAUGCAGUUACUGCUGUGUAUUUUGCUGGUGUGAUGGUUCGUCUGAUGCUCACUUUGACGCCUGUCGUUUGCAUUCUUGCUGCCAUUGCUUUCUCUGUCACCCUUGACAACUAUUUGGUGGAUGAUAAACCUCCGACUAAAGCGGAGUCGGAGGGGAAAGAAAAAAGAACUGUAAGUGAAGAGAAGAACAAGAAAGAGUUGUAUGACAAGCCUGGCACCAAGCAAAAGAGUAAAAACAAAAAACAGGACUCAGUUGAAGAGGAAGAUGAUGGCGGAAUUUUGGGCAGCAAUCUCAAAGGCAUAGUGGUGAUGUGCAUUGUGAUGAUGCUGAUGAUGUUUGCUGUACACUGCACUUGGGUUACAAGUAAUGCUUACUCUAGUCCAUCUGUGGUAUUAGCAUCUACUAACUAUGAUGGGAGUCGUAGCAUUCUGGAUGAUUUCAGGGAGGCUUAUUUCUGGUUAAGACAAAACACUGCCGAUGAUGCCACGGUGAUGUCCUGGUGGGAUUAUGGAUAUCAGAUAGCAGGCAUGGCGAACAGGACAACACUAGUAGACAAUAAUACAUGGAAUAACAGCCACAUAGCCCUGGUUGGUAAAGCCAUGUCUUCGAAUGAGACAGCAGCAUACAAGAUUAUGCGCAUGCUCGGUGUGGACUACAUCUUAGUCAUAUUCGGUGGUGUGAUUGGUUAUUCUGGGGAUGACAUCAACAAGUUUUUAUGGAUGGUUAGGAUUGCUGAAGGAGAACAUCCUCAAGACAUCAAGGAGUCCGAUUAUUUCACGCCUCAAGGAGAGUUCCGCGUAGACGCUGCUGGCUCACCUAUUCUACUUAACUGCCUGAUGUACAAGAUGUGCUACUAUCGUUUUGGUGAAUUACAGCUUGACUUUAGGACACCUUCUGGUUUUGACCGCACAAGAAACGUGGAGAUAGGGAAUAAAAACGUUCGUUUAGAACAUAUAGAUGAAGUUUUUACAUCAGAACACUGGCUAGUCAGAAUAUACAAAGUCAAAGAUUUAGUCAACAGAAAGAAAAGUACUAAGCCAAAGAGGGUAACUCACACUAAACCAUCACGAUAUAUACCUAGAAAAACUGCCAAUAAAGGCUACAUAAAGAACAAAGCUCGGGUAGUAGUUGGAAAGAGACCUUCAAAGAAAGCAAAGAAGAAGAAGAAGUCCAAGAAGAAGGCUAAAAGCACCUAAACAAAUCAUUUUUCACCUUCCAUUAAUUCGCGCACUCGUAAUCACGUGACUAGGUCAUAGACGCAUGCGUUCUAGACACAUAACAAGUGAGACUCGUAAAGGUGCUAAUCGUAGUCUGGAAGUAUGAGUUUGCAUGAGCAGAAAUCUAGCAUUUUUCUUUCUAAUGUAGCACUGCGGUAAUUACUAAUUUAGGCCAUGUUUAAUGUGUUUUAUCCUGCUUUUCUAAUAACUAGAAGAAUUUUUCAUUGCAUCUAAAAUAAGAAUUAAAGAAAAAAGAUGUUGCUACAAAAAAUUGUUUAUUGUACCCUGAGAAUACUGGCGUUUGAUAUAACCAUGUUGGCUUUCAUGAAAUAACAGCAGAAUUUCGGACUGCCGGGCAUUCAGGACCUUUCCCGGCUGCCGGGCAUGUUAUAUAGACGAAGAGUUUGUGAUUUUAUAUGAUUGGGAAUGAUUGCGAACUAAGACACAGUGUGACAAACUACAA